AAUUCCCAUCGUAAAACAAAAUCAAAAGUGGAAGUCGAUUCUCUAUCCCACCUCUUUUACUUCCAAUUUCAUUCCCUAUCCGGCUUAGAGCUUCAGACUCCUCGACAAUCCUCAUUCGUUUUCCCUCUUCUUCGCAUCAAAUCUCUAUCAUGAAUUAUAGAUCUGGAUUGUACCAUGUAUAUGAGGGUUUAGCCAUUCUCUUUCCCUCUUCUCCUUGCACGGCUCCUACUCGAUCUCUGAAAUCCAUUCAGUGAAGACGACUCGUCAGGGCUAACACUCCGAAAUCAACAAGCUCCAUUUCGUUCCCGCUGUCAACUUCACUUAACUUCCUCGAAGAUUCUACCUAGCUGUCAUCCAGGCUCUCAAGGACAUGGUUGAUGGUUCUAGGUAUGGGGCUUCAACCGUGGGAGGGAAGCACCGAGAACUUUGUGCCCGCUGGAGACGAAGUCACCGCCCUACCUUCCCGCUCUCAAUUUAGAGGAGACAGAGGAAGUCAUCGUUAAUGAUUACUUUCACCGAAAAUGGUGGACGCUUGGACAUGCACAACUUAUCGGUAGGUUUGAUAUAAGGAAUCUAGGUGAUACACUCUCAAUUCCUUCAUACGUCUAUACUGGCCAACUAAGCUUGUUAAAUGAUUUUGGUUACUAGCCUAGUUAAUUUAGGGUUAUUAUAUGGUUUGCGAUUCUAAGAUUAAGGAUUGGUGUUUGGUUUGUAUUAACAUGGGUUGUGUUUAAUAAUUUGGAGUUCUUCAGUAAUCUAGGAUUUUGUGUUUGAAUCCAGUAUCGGGGGUCUUUGGGAAUUUGUUUAUUGCUAUACUUCUUCUUGAUAACUCAUGAAGUUGCUUAACUUAAGCCUCUCUCAUCUGCUACAACUUGAGAAAGCAUAAGUCAUGAGGACUCAAGCAAGCAUUAGGAUUAAGAAUAAAGAGACAUUGUGCAGAAGAAGUUUGCAAUUAUGUGGGCAUGAAGAUGUCCAUGUCAUGCUGAGCUUCGUGGGGGAAGAUACAUAUUCCAAAGCAUGGAGCUAAGAUGUUGCAGAUGUAUAAUGACAAGCAAUUUCUAUUUGUCCGAGCUUAAAAAGUAUUCACUAGACUUUGAUACUAACAGAUUAUGGAUUUCUAGUAUCUCACUUGUUGGAUUUGUUGGUUGUUCUGGCGGCAGGAGGUUAGCAAUGUUGGAGGGUGUAGUUUUGGACAUGCAAAGUGGAACCAAAAGCUCUGGAUCGUACAUUGAUAAUGAGGAUUCUUUUGUGUGCCUUGCUGUAUCAUUGCUGACGUUUCAUGUGACUUUGCAUCCCAAAUGGAUUUACCAAACGAAUCAAACACAGGCUUCUAGUAUUCUUGCUAUGGAGUCAUGUGCUUCUCAGGGGCUUGAAUUACCCAGGAAGACACUGCUGGCAGUGAUCAAAGAGCAAGAGUUCUGCUUGAUUGAUAUGCUUGAGGCUUUGGAUGUGCAGCUUCAGGAAAAGUCAGCAUUUGCAUUAGGGAGGUUGGCACAGGGCCACAUUUUGAUGUCAUUCUUGGCGCCUAAUAUAACAAGACAAAAGCUGCUUUCACUUGACAUGUUUUGUUUCAUCAUUUCAAUCUACUGAUCCACAAGAUGAAUUGCAGAAGUGAGGUUGUUUUAGCUACUAAGCGGACAUCAUUUCAUUAAAGAACAUCAUCUGUAAUGACUUUAUUUUUGGCUAUUAAGGGGACAUCAUUUGUAAUGACUUUUGGUUGUGGACAUCAUUUGUAAGGGU